GUCAAUUACAGGUUAUUGUCAACAGUUUUCACCUUGGUUUAUUGAAAAUUUAUUCCUUCAUCUCAUAUCAUUUAUAUAAGAACAGAUUGUUGACUACCGCUUGAAUUCUCACAAUGACUGAGCAAUACUCUCGUGCAUCGUUACUCAAGCAUAAAACUGCUUCAGCAGCAAAGCUAUCAAAGAAAGCAUCGCACACGAAAAAAUCCAAGCAAUUCUUAAGAGGUGAAUCGGAAGAAAUAAUCCAGAGAACUCUCUCGGAAAGCAUUCAGGAAGAAGAAGCUCACAUGCACAAAGAAAGACCAAAAAUAAACUACAAGGAGGAACUAAUGUUCCUAUUUUUUGAUAACAUGCUAGAGACCAUCAUUCAAGAAAGAGGCACCGCUAGACCUUCUAUUGAAGAAAGUGAAAGCGACUUGUUUCCAUUUGAACAGAAUUCUUGUGUGAUACUUGUUGAAGAUGUACCAGAUUACGUCCCAGAUAUACAAGAAUUCCGUGAAUCUAUUAGACCAGAAAUAUCAGAGAGAUCAGUGAUUGAAAGUGAAGAAAUAAUUAGUAGCUUGAGCUGGAUAGUAGCACACGAGCCAAGUAGUGGAAAGAUCAUUUUUAAUAAUGGCAACACGUAUGAGGGAGAUACUUUCAGAGGUAUCAUGAAUGGUGUAGGAAUAUUUCGUUGGACGGAUGGUACAGUCUAUAAGGGUCAAUUCAAGAAUGGUUACCCUUCUGGAAAGGGAAAAAUGAUCAUGCCGGACUUGAACAGGUACGAUGGCGAGGUCUGCCAAGGCUACUAUCAUGGUUUCGGAGUUUUGAAUUUAUCAAAUUCCUUGACGUUUUAUAAAGGAUCCUGGAAGAGCGGUAAACGGCACGGAAAAGGAUGGAUAGAAUAUGAAAUGAACGCCAACUACGUAGGCGAUUGGCUUAAGGAUAACAUGCAUGGGGUAGGAUACAGAAAAUACAAAAAUGGAGCUCGCUAUAAGGGCCAAUGGCAAGAAAAUGCUAAACACGGGAAGGGUAGCAUGAUCUUUGAAAAUAAUGAUUAUUACACAGGAGAGUGGCAAUAUGACAAGCCACAUGGAUACGGAGAAUACACUUGGAACAUGUUUCUAAAUAAAACACUGACUUUUCCAAUCUACAACAUAUACAGAGGCAGUUGGUUCAUGGGAACAAGACAUGGUGUAGGUUUGCUAUAUUUCGGCACUGAGUGUGGUUCAAAACUGGCAGGAACAUGGAAAAACAAUAGAAAGCACGGUCCCGGAGUAAUAGCUUGCGGUAAUGGAAGAAUCAUGGAAUAUUGUCCUCUCUUUACGAAAGACAAACCGGCGCAUAAAGACAGGGAACAAAUUAGGAAGUUACAGGAGGAAUUAUCGAAGAAAAUUAACUUGCCGAAGACAUACGAUAAUUCUUUUGCGGAAAUUGUGGCAGCCAUUCAUUCUAAGAUUGCCAUGACCAGUUUUCCAAAGGAAAUUCUGCAAAAUAUUGUUAUGGCAAUGGUAGCGCCGUUAAAACGGCGAUUCUCAUCGCCAAGAUUCAUAAAAUUGACAGACAGUCAAACUGAAGGAAAGAAGAUUUACUGUCCCCUGAACAUAUCGAUACACUGUAUAUCUGAAAACGUUGAAAUGGCAUACUUUAUCAACGAAAUAUUCCGCCAUUUGCACAGUUUUCGGGACAGUUUCAGCUGGAGCCAGUGCAACAUCGCUGACAGCGAUAUCAGCGUGGGAUGUAUCAGAGUGCAGCACAGAAGAGGUACGGACGAUUAUCCAGUAGAGAAAUUCAGGGAGACCAAAAUGUUGCAAAACAUGAUAACCGUGUAUUUGCCUCAGUUACGGGCAUUGUAUGAAAAAUACGCAUCGAUAACCGUCAACGAGGGGCAGACUUUGAACUUCAAACCAGUCAUGGUGCGGCUAUUCUUAUGGCAGUUGUUACGAGACGUCAACAUUCAAAAAUUCGUAUCUCUUGUUGAUUACGACAACUUCAUGUAUGCAAAUCCUUGCAGUUGCUACGAAUACGGUCCCCACUACCCAUUCGAGCAUAUUUUCUUCUGGCAGUUCCUCCAAUGUCUUGUAGUGGCCGCCUGGCAGUAUUACCUAAACAGAUGCCAUCCUGCUGGCAUAAGCAUGGGUGACAUGUUGCCUCCAGGGUCAGCUGUCGACGAGCUAGGGACAGGCUUUGUGUCACAAAUAUUCAAAAGGUUCCUGGAAUAUGUUAUAUCUCCCAAUAGUGACAGUAUCAAAGGUGUUGCUUUAACGAGAUAUAAGGAUGUAUUGCCGCUAGAUGGUGCUUACAACCUUUAUUUAUCAUUGGGCGAACCUCACACCGUCAACAUGUUCCUCAAUUCGUCAUGUCCAAAUGAAGGCGUUCAAAUACCAUGCUAUAUAGGCAUCCAACCAGAAUGUGAUCCGAUCAAGGAUGGAUUUAAUGCUACACUAUUGGGGGAGAAACCAAGCUAUGUUGGCGUAAGGUGUACACCUUUGGAGAAGAUUAUUGAAAAAGAAGAUACCAAUGAUUUGUGGUUCAAUCUAGACAGGUGCCAGAGUCCGAAGAGAACCAAGGAGACUGACGAAUUCUACAGAAGUUUGUAUACCUUUAGAGAUCUAGGACGGACAACAAUAGUGAAAUGCGUCCAUAAAGUAUGUCCUAUGGUUGAGAAGCCAAAAACUUUCAAAUACAAACUGACAUUCCUGGAAUUUUACGAAAUAUUGUUUGAAUGCAGUCAUUGUAAGGUCGAACAGAUCAGAGAAAAUAAUAUGGAAUAUUUGAAAAUGAAGCUCAUUGAAGAUAUAUUGUCUAAACGACCGUCUGAAUGUACCUCUACAAAGAGCUCCAAGGGAUUGAAAAGCAGCAAGAGGUCUAAGGCAACCUCAAGGAAAUCGUUCCAGAUAUGAAAUAUUUUACCACAAUGUUUUUAAUAUUUUUACAUAAUAUAAAUAUUUUGCCUUUAUA